AUGAGACUGUCAACCAGCGAAGAAAUUCCCAGUACGACGGUGGGUCGUACGGCGAGUCCAAAUGUUGGCGUCGCCAUCAACGAUGCCUACGACGUGACCAGAAUGAGAGAAGAAGAGUUUGAAAGACUCACAGUGUACAUCGUGCCAGAUGUGCCCUGUGAGAGAGGAGUACAGAACAGAGCUGAAAGAACCCUACCUCGCAGUUUGGCUUUAAGACCCUCCGCAGUAUUAUCUACACCUAACACACCGACGGAAGGCGUUUGGAGUACCGGAGUAAUACCACGUGGUACCAGAUUUGGACCAUUCGAAGGCACUCGAACACCUAACAAGCCGAACGACAAAAUCUCUUGGAGAUAUUAUUGGAGGAUAUUCAAAGAUAGCGAUUACUAUUACCUUGAUGGAUCAGACACGAGCGUAGCGAAUUGGAUGCGAUAUGUAGCGUCAGCAUAUUCACUAUCCGUGAUGAACCUCGUCGCCUGCCAACAUCAGGAACACAUAUACUUUUACACAAUCAGAGACAUUUUGCCUAAUGAAGAACUUAUGGUUUGGUAUUGUAAAGACUUUGCGACAAGGCUGGGUUAUGAUAUUGAUCCGGAGAGAGCCACGUACUCAAUAUGUAAGGAAGAAACAAUCAAAAAGGCAUAUGGCCUUCCACCUGCACCAGUACACCCUGAAAUUGCAUUCAAUCACAUGAAAUAUGUCCUUGGCCUUUCCAACGCAAAAGAGAUUUUAGAAGCAGAAUUACCAAGUCGACGAAGAAAGCGAGAGUCAAGCGAUAAAACAAUAGAAACUUCGUCAAUAUUGCCAAGAGAAGAUUCUAGAUUAAUAAGUAAGAACGAAAGAUCCGUUCCUAGAAUUGAACUAUCAAAUAUUAUUCAACCUAAAAUAGAGACACCUCACAUUGUGAGCGAAAACAGAACCAUAUCUCCAAGUGCACUAAUGCAGCCACCAUCACCAGCAAAAAUACACCACAGAGAACAAACCUUAAUUAUUCAUCAACACAAAGAAAGUACAUCACAUUUAGUCAUCCAUCAAAUGGAGAAUCCUAGAAUUCAUAAUAGAUCACCGGCUCUAAACCACCACCAACGUGACAUGCGAGGACCUUCGCCAAUGGCUCUACAUCAAGGAAGUAAAUCACCUAAUCUAUCACACUGCGUUCCAUCUCACUAUGAACAUCAACUGACACCAAAUGAUGGUUCAGUUAGGUCAGAUGAAGGUUAUCAUAGCAAUGGUUACCACGACGAGUUCACGCCACCGGAAGAUUCCAGCGAUUCAGACGUAGAAAAUUACGUCUUAGACUGUUCAAAUAAAACAAAUGAACCGAAAGAAACCGUUAUAGUUCAAAAGGUCGAUCAAGAUAUGCACCGUAAUGAAUACAGAAAAGUCAAGAUCAAAAUGCCGAGGGCUUAUCAAUAUCAAAAUGUCAAGGAUAUGGAUUGCGAAAGUGAGAAAGAGUUGAUGAUAGCUGAGGAAAUAGCGAACACUUCACCACAAAAUCUAUCACCCCCACGAAGGGAUCCAGCCACGUCGACCGUUAUCGUAUUAGAAUCAUCACAAAAUACCGUCGUACCUUUAAAUAAACCGUACUAUGAAGACGGAGCUUUGUCACCAUCGCCACAACCCGCCUUUCUGAGGUAUUCACCGCCAGAUACCAGAAUUCUGGAAACAAUACUUACUGGAAACAGAAUUGACACUAACAACAACGACCCUAACAGGAGACAGCCAAACGCUACUCCUCCACCAUCAUCACCUACAGAAAUGGCUUAUUCAUACAAAAAGAGUCAAAGGUAUGGUAACGCUUGCAGUCCGGAUUCGAGUUCCAAUUUAACACCACUACCAUCUUUAUUGCCAUUACCCCAACAGUUACCGGCGCCGAAUUCCGUAUCCUUGUACUCUUCGUCACCACCUCACACAAUACCGCAUACGACUGAAAUUCGUGAGAUCAGAGAAAUACGAGAAAUAAGGGAGACUCGGUAUGAAAGCCAUUACCCAAAUUAUUCGUAUAAUUUGUAUUCUCCACCUAACUCGACGAUAAUUACGCAACUCGGAUCGCCACCGUCGACUUACUCACCUACUGUGACGUCGUCUCAUCAAUACGAAAGAAAUCCAAACGGACAAAGCAAUCACCAUUAUCCAUCAUCAACAAGCGUUAUCACAUUGAAAAAUUGUUCACAACUAAGCCUAAUACAAAACGCCAAUGUUAAUGGACAGCUUGGGCCACCGCAUGGCAGCCUAAGUCCCGACGGUUCGUGCAAUAUGAUGAUGGCACCUUUGAGUCCCAAUUCACAAUCCUCACGGGGCUACAGAAGCUUGCCUUACCCUUUGAAGAAGAAAGACGGAAAAAUGCACUACGAAUGCAAUGUGUGCUGCAAAACCUUCGGUCAGUUAUCGAAUCUGAAGGUUCAUUUACGAACACACUCUGGCGAAAGGCCGUUCAAAUGUAACGUUUGCAAUAAAUCAUUUACACAACUCGCGCAUUUACAAAAACACCAUUUAGUACACACGGGAGAGAAACCGCACCAAUGUGAUAUUUGCAAGAAAAGGUUUUCAUCUACGUCGAAUUUGAAAACGCAUUUGCGCCUGCACUCCGGACAAAAACCGUAUGCCUGCGAUUUAUGUAUGCAGAAGUUUACACAAUUCGUCCAUUUAAAACUACAUAAGCGGCUACACACAAACGACAGACCCUAUGUUUGCCAAGGAUGCGACAAGAAGUAUAUCAGCGCGUCGGGUUUAAGGACGCACUGGAAGACCACAAGCUGCAAACCAAACAAUAUCGAAGAGGUUCUAGCUAUUACAAAUGCGGCCAACACUGAAUGCAUGGGUAACGGCGACAAAGACUGCCACGAGAGAGAGGGGCACGAAAGUUACGAAGUACACUCCGCAUCGCAAGGAGGGGUUAUGGCCGGUGGGGCUCGAGGUGCUCUGUCCCACGGGGAGGCCAUGAUGGGGGGGCAGCCGCACACGACGACGCCGCACCUCACCCACGCGCAGAUGUCGCCGGGGUCCGGUGGUCAAUACCGGGGUCUGGUCCCGGCUCAGUCGGACCACGACCAUUACUCCGGAUCGGCUGAAACCCGGCCCACUGUGAUAGAGUCCAACCAGCCCCUAAUCAUAGAGUGCACCUGA